CUUUGCUUGUUGAGAGGCAAUGGGGCUGCGAAUGGAUAUUGCUGUGCCACUGCUGGCUAUGGUACUCAUGACCUACAUCUGUGAAGCAGGUAAGAGUCCAUAUAUUAUGUGUAUUAUAAGUAUCUUUAAACCCCUAAACUGGAGGCAGCUCAGUUGCAGGUGUUUCAAGAGCACUCAGGUAGUACUGAAUAGAAAAAAAAUAAUGGAAUUUGUAAUUGGAUUGCCACAAAGCACUUUAUAAUGGCUAUACAAGUAUGUUAUUUUAACAUCUGUCUCUCUGUAAGACUCAAAGCUGGUGAUCCAUAUCAAAGUGAUGGUGUUGCAAGGAUUUAAAAAAAACAAAGAAAUGCUGUGGAGUAAAAAUUGACUCAUAUUUGAUUUAAUAUUUUUUGACUUGGUUCUAUCACUAUUAUCACUAUUGUCAUCAGGUAUUACAUUUGACAUUGCUAUUUUAGUUACUUAGGACAUUAUUCCUAUGUGCGUUAAAGUACUGUGUGUUAGUGCAAAUAUUCCUCUGUGGGUUUUUUGUUGUUUUUGUAGCUCUGCUGAGGAAAUCCACAGCAGCUAACUUCCUGAGACCAGUGAGAGAGAAGCGUGCUGCAGAGUGUUUCCCUGCAGGCUGCAGCAUGGAGGACAGUGAGGCUGAGGAGCUACUGGAGGCCAACUCACACUACGUGAGUUCAAACUGGCAGACACACACUGGAGUAUAGACAGAACAUAUGGGUCAGUCAUACUUAUAGUAUUGCUCAAAUUCACGUUACAGUGUUCCUCCUUUUAGGAUGGCUAAGUCAAAGCUAGAACUGAUUCAAUCUGUUUCAGCGAACUUGGUCUCUCCUAAAAAAAAGUAUCACUAUAUAUGGGCCAUAGACUGUGAAACACUGCUCUGUAAGUUGAUCCUCCAGGGCAGUGGUGCAUCUACCACUACCGCACUCUGGCAUACAAGGGAACAAAGACAGGUCAGGACAUUGACCCUGACGUUGUUAUCUGUUUCAUUUGCACCAACCUGAAAUAUCACAUUUCUAGUAUGAGAACUGUUGCUAGUCCUGAACUUGAACAACUGUGGCUAACUCACCAACAGACAGAAAUAAUAUGCAGUACUUUAUAUUUUGUAAAACAGUAAAGCCAUCUACGUGUAACACAAUUGGUGAGGAUUACAUGACUUUCUGAAUUCGCAGAAGGACAGUUCAAAGAUGCUGUUGAAUGUCGGCACUGGGGCAGGGGUGAACUCGGUAAGUUCCAAGUUUUCCAAGUGUUUAUGGAAAACAAGGUGCACAGUCCAUAAUAUUUUCUUUUCUGUGUCUUGUUUUCAGAGCCCUGGUAGUGAGGCUACGGUGGAGGAAGGCUCAGGGAUGUAGCCCUGGGAUGUACUGUAGCAUCAUCAGGCCAACGCCAGGAGAGCUGGAGCAGACAGACAGGAGAAGCCUGGGUCUUAUCUAUAAUGAAUGACAAAAUGCAAGGCCAGAUAUUAUUAAUCAUUAUCUCAUGGGGUGGGGGGAAUUAUAAAAACUUUAAAUACUGGAAAUAUAGAAUUCCAAGGUCUUUGUGAAAGAAGGAUUUUAUUAUAAUAUUGUUAUUCUCUCUGCUUUGUCAAACCAUUUGAUUUAUGAUUUGUGAGUCUUCCUAAGAUUUGUUUCACAGUAUUUCUUGAUUUUUAACAAAAAAACGUCUAACACUUAUUCUAUUAGUUAAAGGAUAAUAUAAUUGCCUACAUUCUUAUUGGUGCUUUGUAAGAAUGGUGCUCAGUAUUUCAUUUAGCUAAUUAUCUUCGUAGCAUCAUAGAUCUUAAACUGCAUAGGUACAGUACUUUAUAAGCCAUGAAUUGUCCAAAGGAAAUAUUUCCCACUUUGACAGUUAACAGUGGUAAAACUUGAACUAUGAGAGGUAAUUUAAGUUGAUAUACUAAAUGAUAUUAUGUGGUGCAAUGGAAAAUAUUUGUAUAAUAUUUUGACAAUGUACUUUUUGAAGAUUUGCAAACAACUCAUUUUACAAUAUUUAUUUGUAAUGUGCCUACUCCCAAGUCAAAUAGUAUAGGGAAUUAUCCCUGACCUGUAUUACCUGUAUUUAAAUAUCCAACUUACUGAUUUAGAAAUAUAUAGGCAGGCCUACUUUUUAAAUGUCUGUGUAAAUAUCUAAAUAAAUGCAUAUUUUAAUCAA